AGGAAGAGAGCAUUUACAGAUGGGAAACACCGUCAAGCUUCCAGACUGGAACAAAGGAUUGCCGUGAAGACAGGGCAGAAGGCACUGUUACAUCUUGAAUCCUUUCUUUCUGUGCAACAUCAGGCAGGAACAGACACAGCAGUAUGGUGGGAGGCGUUCUUGCAAACAUAAGUGAAGCAGGGUAGCAAUCCAAGCACAUUUACAAGAACAGGGAGGGAGGAAGAUCUGUGAGAGGAGGAGGGGGGAGGAGUGGGAGUUGUUGCAUGCUCACAGAGUGUGAAAGAGAUAGAGCUUUUCCACGAGCAAGAAAGAGACACAGAAACAGAGAAGGGAGAGCACAAAGCAGAGAUGAGGACUGAACACAGAGGUAGAAAUAGUUGGCAGGACUGAGAUCUGCACAAAAACGUGAGCAAAGGAGGGAAGAGAGAAGAAGAGAGUGAAGGUUGAAGGAGAGCAGGAGGAGAAGGAGGGAUGCAAGAUGAUGGAGCCCAGAAAUAGGUUUCACAGGACAGCUUUUCAUCUUCACUCUCUGCGGCAGACAUGACUCUGGGUACCGGGCUGUGCUGAAAUCAGCCAGGGGGACAACACAGGACAGCAGGUCUGAAGCAUACUGCCUGGGUUCAGCCUCACUGGAUGCAGCAAAACAGUUGAUUUAUUACUGAGGGGCUGCGUGGCAGUGCGUUUGUGUGUGCUGCUCUGAUUGUAUGCAUGUAGGUUUUUAUGGGUCCUUGUAGCACUCGGAGCAGUGGGAGCAACCAUUCCUCCAGUUGUAAAAUGACAUUCAGUAGGCAGGAGUUUUGUGUGCUGGUGUGGAUCUGCAGUCCUCAGUAGGAUGUGUGAGAGUGAGAUUCAGAGCUGUCACCGGGUGCAAGCAUGUGUGUGUAUGGUGCUGUUUGCUGAGGUGAGCCAAGGAGGAUCAGCUAUAUGCAGUGUGUGUGUGUCUUUAGGUUAGAAUAGCAAGGGUACAACACAAGGUAGAGAUCCUGCACAAUGCAAGGACAAAAGCAGCACACCACUGAUGGCAAGGAGUGCAGCUGAAGUACAAGGAGUGCCCUGGGGGUAGGGUGGAGGACGAAGGCAGGGACAGAAGAGGAAGAAGAGAAAAGAGCAAGAGGGUGAUCAUGGCUGUCAUACAGUGAGCUAUAGCGUAUGUUGUAGGGUAGAUCAUAGUGGUGCGGCAGGGGGAGGACAAGCACCACUGCACAGGAGAGGGGGAGUGACUGAGGGAGAGAGGGAGAGAGGAGGGGUGAGGCAAUCAGUUCAGCACCUCUUCUCCACUAGCACGAGAAGCACAGCAGGACAGGCCCAGGAGAAGACACUCACUCCCCCACACACAGCCAAAGACGCAGUGACGUGUAGAGGUCAAAAGGGAGCUGGUGUGGGAUGGGGAGUGGGGGGAGCUAUGCAUACUCCCCUGGCCAGUAGGUCCACAAGAGUCCAGGCAGUCCUGAGAAGAAGGAGAAGGAGUUCGUCACAGUAAGAGGGGACAGCUCCCCGAGUCCUGUUUCCUCUGACACCUCUGCCACCUUUCCAUCACCAUGGGGGAAUGGACCAUUCUGGAGAGGCUGCUGGAGGCAGCUGUGCAGCAGCACUCUACCAUGAUUGGAAGGUGGCCAGAAAAAGGAGACCAAAGGGAGGUCCGUGUUGCUCUGUUUCUGCUGGAUGUGAUCCUGCUGACUGUGGUGGUGAUUUUCCGUAUCCUAAUAGUUGGCAUAGUGGGUGAAAAGGUGUACGAGGAUGAGCAAAUCAUGUUCAUCUGUAACACAAUGCAGCCGGGCUGCAACCAGGCUUGUUAUGACAAGGCCUUCCCCAUCUCGCACAUCCGCUUCUGGGUCUUUCAGAUCAUCUUGGUCUGCACGCCGAGCCUGUGCUUCAUCACAUAUUCUGUUCACCAGUCUGCUAAGGCACGUGACCGAAGCUACUCUCUCCUGCAUUCUCACACGGAUCACCAUGGCCACGGUCACCACGGUCGCCAUCAUGAUCAUCAUGCUCGCAAGCUUCAUGCUCGCAAUAUCAACGGCAUCCUGGUGCACCCUGACAGCAGUAAGGAGGAUCAUGACUUGGAUGUCAAGGAGAUCCCUAAUGGACCCCGGGGACUCCCUCCAACACACAAGAGUGCUAAAGUGCGGCGGCAAGAGGGCAUCUCCCGUUUCUACGUCAUUCAGGUGGUGUUCCGCAAUGCGCUGGAGAUGGCUGGCCAGUACUUCCUGUAUGGCUUCAAUGUGCCAGGGAUGUUUGAGUGCGAUCGCUACCCAUGUGUGAAGGAGGUGGAGUGUUAUGUGUCUCGUCCCACAGAAAAGACCGUGUUUCUGGUCUUUAUGUUUGCAGUGAGCGGCAUAUGCGUGUUGCUCAACCUGGCUGAGCUCAACCACCUCGGGUGGAGGAAGAUAAAGGCGGCCGUCAGAGGGGUGCAAGCCCGAAGAAAGUCCAUCUGUGAAGUGCGCAAGAAGGAUGUUUCACACCUGUCCCAGGUCCCCAACCUGGGCAGGACCCAGUCUAGUGAGUCAGCUUAUGUCUGACAGAGGCUUCUCUGCCUGGGGCCCCCAAGACUGAUUUUUUCCCUGGCCCAGGACCCUAGGGCACAAAAGUCACCACUGCAUUAUUAUCCAGGAGCACAGACAGACCCUCUAUAGUCACGAUGAAGCAUUAUUAACUCACAAAGUACAGACUCUGACACAUCAAGAGAGAAGACCCACCUUCCUUAAAAAGCAAAUUUGUCGCUGUAACAAAAUCUACACCUAAAACUUAUAUGACAGAGAGUUCUGCUCUGCCUAGGUGACACUAGGUGCCUUCAAAGGACCCACCAGAUAAAACUGAGCAAUUAUGAAUCAAACUAAAGCACUGUAAAGAUGGCCUGAAGUUCAAAUUUCUGAUGUUUUUCAUUAUUUCUCUUUGCUGUAGAUCAGAAAUAACUCCCUCAUUUUCCAGUUAUGUGUAUAUGCAAGACCUUAAACGUGUGCAUGGAUAUGCAUGUGUGUGAAAGCUAGUCUCUGACUUUGAGAAAGAAAUGUGAAUGCUAAAAUAAUUUAGGCUAGUGGGAGAAAGAUAAUUGUGUCUCAUUGUCUACUGGCUUUGAGUAACGCCACUGAACAGACCAACAAGCAGCUUUUAAAAACAUGUUCUAAGAAACUUACACAUUGGCCAACAAAAACACCAACGGCACUUAAACUAUCAGCAUAAAACGGAACACAAUAUUUGCUGUCAAUGUACCAGGCUUUUUCUUAAAAAUGGUCACUAAUCUUGAUAUUGGUUGCUGCUUUAGGUGCCAGUCAGACUACAGAAUGACAUUGCCUGGAAGCUUUGCUCCAAGUGACAAACAUGGUGCACUGAAGAUGAGUUAGAUCUACUUUUCAACACUGUGUUAUGCACUGCAGCGCUCCAGAUGCCUGUGAGGCUCACUGUUUACUCUCAAAACCCACUGAAAUGUGUGCCAGUGUUUCCACUUUAGUUUGUAAAGUGUAAUUUCUGGGAUGAAUGGAAGUACAUAAAGAUUUUUUCAAUUUAGCAGGAAGAAUAUUGUAGUCACAAAUAUUUUAGUUUUUUGUUACAAGAUGAUUUGGUGCCAUAUUGUACAUAGAUGAAAUGUAAUAAUUGAUUAGCCUUUUUUUUUAUUUUAUUCUGUAUAGGUGGGAUUCACUUGGAUGGGGGAACAGGGGUGGGUGGUAAUGAGUCAUAGAUUGCCAGCUUUAACAGUAUGUAUUAUUAUCAUGCUCUUUAUUACGCCUUUGCCCUUUAAUAGAGACUGUAUGUUCCCCUAUGGACUUUGAAAAAGGCAUGUUACUGAAACAUAAAUAGAAUGAAUAGAGUAUGACAUGUACUUAAAAAGAGACUUUUAUUUAUUUGCAUCCUGCUCCUGUGAAAUGUAAUACUCAGCAUGCAUAAAAAUGAAAAAUAUAGAGACAUGAACAUAGAACCCCACUGGGGGAAUACUGAAAGUGAAUAACUGAAAGGCUCCAGAGCUGCAGCAAUAAUAAUAUAUAGUGUAUGAAAAAAUAUGUGAAUAAAUUAUUAUGCAACAGUUAUUUUGGCUGUGCUGUGGUUAACAAGCAAGUAAUAAUUGCUGUUGCCUUUUUGCUUUUACCAGGAUGUUGUAUGGUAAGUAUAAGCCAACUGUAUUAUUGUGGAAUCCUGUCUCUAAUACCACUAAUAACACAAGAUGAAAAUACUCCUACACACACGACACCAUACUUAAAAAACAACACUAUUAUCAUCAAAUUGUAUUUAAAGAAUCAAAAGUAAAAACCACUCCAUAUGCAAGAAACGAUUCCCUCUAACUAUUAUAUUGUGUAUGUAGACUUUUACUGUUUUAGCGGUUUGAUGUGUUGCUAAUUUAAAUGUGCGUCACAUUCAACUGGAUGGAUAAAGCUAUAAAAAGCAUCAUAUUGUAGAUGUUUAUCUUAGGUUUUGUAUCUAAAUUUUUUUUCUGCAAAAUAAUAAAAGAAUAAAGUAGAGUUUAAAAGUAUCCUGUCCCCAGAAUGUAGUGGAGCAGAAGCAAAAAGUAACACAAGAUGGAAACACAAUGGAAAUGCAUUUAAAGUACAAAUACCUUAAAAUGCACUUAAAUGCAGUUUCUUUACUUUCCACUGCUGGUGGUGUACAGAGCAGUGUGGUAUUACUGUAACAGGAAAUCAACUGUAGGGGACA